AUGGUCGUCUAUUCGUUCUAUAUCUUCGACCGCCACGCCGAGUGCAUCUAUAAGAGGCGAUGGCUUCCCCGUCCGGCCUCGAUAGUCGGUAAAUCGUCGCGACCGACUUCUGAAGUCGCUACUCAGAACGGUGUCCCCUCUGUUUUCGGCCAAUCUGCGCGGACGACCGAUGACGAUGCGAAGUUGAUUUUCGGUACUGUUUUUUCCCUUCGAAACAUGGUGCGCAAGUUGGGAGGCGAGGAUGACAGCUUCGUCACUUAUCGCACCAGCCAAUACAAGCUUCACUACUACGAAACUCCCACGAAUAUCAAGUUUGUCAUGCUCACGGAUGUCAAGAGCCCUAGCAUGCGAGUUGCUUUACAGCAGAUUUAUAUCAAUCUCUAUGUCGAGUAUGUUGUCAAAAAUCCUCUGUCACCUGUCGAACAUCCGGGAGGCGUGGGUGUGAAUAAUGAACUGUUCGAAGAGUCCCUCGAGCAAUUUGUGACCCGAGUCCUAUCCUAG